AUGCAGCCAUUGUCGAUAGAUGUGACACCGUCCACAUCUUCUGCAUUGCCGGCUGUUGAUAUAAAGUACGACCAGGUCAAUUACAAUGAGGUAUUCUUCAAUGACUUUGCAUCAGUUAAGCGAUUGGGGAGGGGGAGUUACGGUACCGUGGUACAGGGCUAUUACCGAGGACGACCGGUAGCCGUGAAGCUGGUGGAGAGUGACAUUGAUCAUCAUCAUGUUCACAACGAGGCCAUGAUACUGAACUCGUUCAAACACGAAAACAUCAUCCGGUUGUAUGCCACCUUCUAUGGCCAGCAAAGCGGGUUACUGUUGGAGUUGAUGGAGGGCGGAUCUCUACAUGAAUGUAAGGAAUACAGUAAUAGUUUAUGUUCUGGGUUUAGUGUUGCAUCAGCAGAAGCACAUUCAAUACUUUUCUUGCCAUUUAAUUGGAUGGGCACAACAGGUGCUGGCUGCAUUGUCGUAUCUUCAUUCCCAUGGUUAUGUUCAUCGCGACCUGAAGCCAUCAAAGUAGGUGCUAUUGCUGUUGAGUAAACUAAUAUAAAGUAGUCGAAAUGUGACAUAAAAUCAAACUACUUAUAUAAUUUGCUCACAAUGUUUACUUCAAAGCUUCUCGAACAUUCUAUUUUGAAUACCAGUUUUAAAUUACAGUAUGCUGCUGACAAACGAUUAUAUAACCCUCAAGUUGUGUGAUUUUGGAACGGCGACCGAAUUGAGGACCAGUAUGACAAACAAUAGAGGAAGUGCAGCGUGGAUGGCUCCAGAAGUGUUUCGUGGUAAGAAGUACGACCAGAAGUGUGACAUCUUCAGUUUUGGGAUUCUACUGUGGGAAAUGACUGCCAGAAGGUGAGCUACGUUCUUAAAAUGUCUCAAAAAGUUUUGGGGUUUAAACGAUAAUGUUACAGACAACCCUUUGACGACAACGAAUCCAACGCUUACACGAUCUUAUGGCAGGUUUCCGAGGGCAAACGUCCUCCAAAACUAGACUGUCCUGACGUUGUGAUGGAUCUGAUGGAACGGUGUUGGCACGACAAGCCCUACGAACGGCCGAGCGUCGAUGAGAUAGCCAAAGAGAUCGACAUCAUUUGUGCCGACAUUUACCCCAAUAGGUAUAUGCCAUUGAUUGACAAAACGACCGGUAGCCAGGCCUUUGCUCAUCCUCCUAGAAACCAUGACAACUUCAAGAUGCCGCCACCGUAUCCUGUCAGUCCUGGAGUAAGUAGCCACAUGAAGAUAGUAAAAUUGAUCCCUAAGAUCAUAUUAUACUCAAACUAUUUUAAAAUUUAAGUUAUUUCAUAGUAAAAAUCUUGUUUUAGUCAUCAAAUUACCACCCUACGAACCGAUCACCCCAUCCCCCCCUCCUAUCCCACCCCCGCCCCGAAUCAAUGGCCAUGCCAGAACCUCCAGCCAUGACUUCAACCUGUAUGGUCGACAGCAAUAUUCCUCCCAGACGAGUAGCGGCUACGGAACGGCCGUCGACUAUCACCCCAUGAUCUCACCUCAACAUGCACCUCUACCUCCACCUAACCCUCCAGUUAUGUCGUCGGAAAUCGGGUGGAGAGUAAGGUUCACUUUCAUAUCUGUUUGAAUACAUUUUCAAAUCGAAUAUUGUGGAACGCAGUCCUCCGAAAUGUCCAAAUUUAAGCUUUUCAUUAUAGAGAUCCUCUGAACCUCCACUUAGCGACAAUGACAAUGGCUAUAACACAAAUCGACCGCCUAAAAAGAAAAAGCAAGUCUAUAUUAACCUUCCAUCGUAUUUUAGCUCCUCAAUUUGCAAAACUUCUUUCAUUUUUAUUUUUUUGCACAAAAGUUUCAAAAAACUUUCAAAUUUAAAAAACACCAAUUUAUCGCACAAAAAACAUAAAUUUCUAAAUGAUAUUGUCGUAUUUGCAGAGAAGGCCUUCGACAUUUCAUAGGCAAUAUCGCCGGAACCAUCUCAAAACAUUUGUAA